AUGCGGCCCGAAGAGAUUCAAGUCAGGACCAUUAUGGUGCCUGAUAACGACCUCCUCCAUUUGCGCAAUAUGAUGAGCUUGCAGGGCGCCAUCGUUAGGGGCGAAACCGAGGUCUUGUUCCACAACUGUACAGAGAUUCCAAUAGAAUAUUGGGACAAGGUCCGACACAACCAUCGCCAAUUGGACAAGAGAUACAACUUCUACUAUCGCAACGCGCGACCCAAAAACAUACCUCAGCACGUGGAUGACGCGACUGCAAGGCGCGGCAUUGACGAUGUACAGUGGAAGGGCCUCAGGUUCGAAUUCAUCAAAGUCCUUGCUGCCGGCGGUCAUGGAUAUGUUUCCCUAUGGAGGGUUUGGUUUGAGGAUGGAUCUAGUAAAAAGGUGGUCAUCAAAAGGGCUCUUGGUAGAGACUUUGACGUUGGAAGGGAAUCCCGCUUUCACCUUCGAUACGCCGGUGCCGAGCAUACCAGCCAGGUCCUCGACCUGCACGCUGAAGCCAUGAAGAUACAGAAUCAAGUCAGACAGAGGAAUCCUCUGGCUCGUCUCAGGUACAGAACUGGUUCAGACUUCAACGCCGGAUCCCUCCAACUCAUCGUCUUUGAGUUCAUGGAACACGGAGACUUGCACAAAGUAUUGACCCUAGCCAGUCAGAUGGAUGCAGAAUUCCCUGACAGGACUCUCUGGGGCAUCUGGGAAUGCCUGGUCCGGGGAGUUGCCUCUGUUGCAUAUGUGCCUUCUUUCCUUGCCAUGCACAGAGACUUUGACAAAGAGUUGCAGACAGCCAUUGAUACCAACCGUCUGGAACACUUCUUGGCGCAACUGGAGAAUAUCCAACAAUCGCACGAUGUUCACCUAGACUUGGAAGAGUUAAACGUUCUCGCUGGUACAGCUGAUAGCCAUCCGAACAACCCUAUUUUCAAGCUUCACGAUCUCGGUGCCUUUAGUUACAUCAUGAGCGAAAAAUGGAAGACCUGGGGCGAUGCCAGGUACUGGAAGAUGAGGAAGCCUUGCAAGCUCCACAGAGUAACUCCGGAGCAAGUUCACCAGGACUGGGACCAACUGCGGACAGAUGAAGGCGUCAACCUGGACGGAUCCCAAUUCGCAGGCGAAGAUCUCACUCAAGGACAUCCGAUUGCUGGCCGGUUCGGUACUUGGACAAACAUCUUUUUCAUUGGCAAAGUGAUGGAAGCGGCCAUCACAUUUCUUACCGAGGCGUAUCCAUUCGAUGCCUAUCAUUUUGAUAGUAUGGAUGGGACACAAUCAGGGAACACUUAUGGAUGGGUGCUGCAAGACCCAUCAUUAUCCCAUGUCGAUCCUACUCUGCGCGACCUAAUUAUGCGAUGCCAGCUCGAGGUCCCGGGCGAACGGCCCAGCAUCACGACGCUUCUGCGAGAGAUUGCGAUUCGCAAGAUGCAUCCCUUCUACCAGAGCUCCGAAGAAAUGGCAUACUUCUGGGAGUGUUUUUUUGGUCCUAAAGAUUUAGAGCCCAUAUCUGAUCCAAUAGAUGACGACGUUGCCGAUGCCCUCGAGGAGUCUAUGGCUGGAGGCAUAAUACCAUUCCUGCACCCAGACCCGGGAUCAGAGCCUCACCGACAUGAGCAGCAAGCAGAUUCCGCUCCCGCAGAACGACUCGAGUAUUUUCAGAUGUGGAUGGAUCGACAAUCCAGGACUUCAGCUGCUUCUGGUGAUGGAGACCAGACCCCUCAACCACCUGUCGGCGGGCAUCAGCCGCCUGUUCCUGGUCAAGACCAACAUCAGAUUCCUCGGCGACCUGCCAAUUUGCGUGUCCCCCAACGGAUUGCCCGGAGGCCUGUUGGCGACCGGCCGUCGGCGGCGGCGGCAGCGGCGGCAGCGGCAGCUCCCUCGUGGCUCAAUCCACCCAGCCUUGAAACUGCUGCUAUGGACGAUGACGAAGCUGCUCAGGAGGAUGCCGGGGGGCCUUACGCCAACUUGCGUUGCGCACGCGCCGAACCUGAUGGUAGUGUAUCUGAAAGUGGCAGCGAUAAAUCUCCUGUUCCUAUGGCACGACGGGGAAUAAGAUUUGAUCUUCCCAAGGGUGGCGCUAGGCGAGGGAAGGCUAAGAAGACUGGCUCAAUAUAUGACAGGCGCAAGAUGCGGUUCCCGAACCGCAAGGAACGUGGAUCAAGGGUCAACAAGCGAGUCUCUGAGCCCAGUACAAGGAGUAUCAAGGCUGGUGUCAAGAUGAACAAUCUCGACAAGUUUGUUCAGGCGGCCAUGGAUGACAUGCCCAUGGCCAUCCGCAAUCUUAUGGCCAGGACGAAGCAUCUCGAGCGAAGGCUCGCGGAUGGCAAUCUUCCUGCCUUGGCGUAUAUAACCGCAGGCGGAAAGGGAGAUUUUGAUGAUUGA